AUGCCCCCAGGCCUUGAGCGUUAUCAAUCGAGUGGUGGGACUAACUCUGCGUCCAGUUUACCGUUAUCCAAUCCACUUGGCGGGCCGCCAGUAAAGUCGAACGCCGCGCGUCUCUCGGACCGGUUUGCGUGUCGUUUGAUAAGUAAAAUCGGUAAACAUAUUGGAUCAGGCCAUCGAUCCGAACAUCGCCGCGUUGCAGAAAGCAAAAAUACAGAAGCGAAAACCAAUGAAAAUCAUCUACGA